AUGGCUGCCAGGAUUUCCAGUUUGGAAAAGUCGGCAACCAGAGCGAGAGAAAAGCCAGAAUCUAAACCAUCAGUUUCUAAUUCCGAUGCUGAAUCCAAUGCUUACGCUCACUCUACUUCCAUGAGCGAGGGGCUCAGGGAGAAUGUUGUUGUGCAGAAGGGAUCGUCAACACAAUAUUUCAACGAGAUCAUGUUGUCCACGAUGAUAGAAGGACAAGAUAUGAAAGCUGUACUAACACCUCCAAACACAGGUCCCCUACAACCGCAAAUCAUUUCUCCCUUUAAUGCCCAUGGCAUUCUCUCAUCUCCAUCUCUCUCAAUAGUACCCUCAACGCUUCACCCACCCCAAGAGCUAGCUGUGAAAUUAUGGAAAAUAUAUGUUGAUAAUGUUGAAAGUUGCGUAGGGUUAAAGUUCUUGCACUUACCAACUGACGACAUCAAAAUAUACUCCACCAUCAAUGACCCAGCAACGGCGUCUCUUGAGAACUUGGCUUUAUGCUAUGCCGUUUAUUUUGCAUCAGCGACUUCUAUGGAUGAUACAGAAGCUGCGGCAAUUCUGAGAGAAGAUAAAAACACCGCCAUGCUCCGGUUCAAGGUUGGUCUGGAACAAGCACUCGCUCACGGUGACUUUUUGGAUCGUCCUACGAUAACUGGGCUUUGCGCCUUUGCAAUAUACUUGUCAGCUGUCCGUAUCCACAAUCGUGGCAAAGGAAUAUGGAUUCUAAAUGGCCUCGCGAUCCGCAUAGCCCAGUCGCUAGGCUUACAUCGCAAUGGUGAAAAGCUCGGCCUCUCUCCUUUUGAAUCUGAAAUACGACGUCGGAUUUGGUGGCACCUGCUAUGCCGAGAAUGGCGCUCUGGGGAGGACUACGGCUUGGAAAACAUAAACAACUUCUUGCUGAUGGCUGACGUGAGCCUGCCAAUCAAUAUAGAGGAUACAGACCUUUAUCCGGAGAUGCAGAGACUUCCGGCCCCGAGAAAUGGGUGGACUGCCAUAUCAUUCUCGUUGAUAUGCAUUGACUUUGCACAGUGCAUGCAAAAACUAGGAGUCAUCUCUGCGUCGUCUUCCGCUUCAUCCCCACCAAGCGAGAACUCGAGAGCUCAGCUUGUAAAGGAGUGCAAGGAACGAGUCGACAGAUGGCUAAGACAUUGCAAUCCAGUGUUACCUCCGCAACGUUUAGCACUUUAUAUCUCGUCCUUUCUUCUCCGCAAGCUUGAUUUUGUCUCUAGAAUGCAGUGGAUUUUAUUGAGAUGUGACGGUGAAAGCGCAGACUUCGUGAGUGAGGAAAACCUAGUCGAGGCUUUGGAGAUAUUAGAAUCAAGGGUUUACGAAACGGAUGGCUUGUUGAAACAGUUCUCAUGGGUUAGGAAAGCCUUUCCGCAGUAUCAUGUAACCAUGUACGUCUUGUGGCACUUGAGUGUCAAGCCAGAAGGGCCCAAUAUUGAGAGGGCAUGGACAACGACAAAAACGAUGUUCUCACCAGAGAUAUGGGACGAAACCACCAUGGGCUUUGGAUCAAAGUCGGCAGUGCUGACUGCUCUUAGAGCCAAGGCAGUGUCAGCUAGAGAGAAACUACAGAGAAUGAGCACGGGCAAGCUGAAUGGACCUGGCAGUUUAGUUGGAGAGAACUUGUCAUCUCAGGCCGAGGAUCAGACUACUUCCUCGGUUCUUGCAGGUACAAAUACUGGUGAAAUCGAUCUUGAGGGUGGUAUGGAGGAGUGGCCCGACUGGGAAGCUCUGGUUGAGAAUUUUCAGUUCAACAGUUCUGAUGUCUUUUGA